UCCUGUAAACAAAGUAUACCUGAUGAAGACUUUUGAGUCGAAACGUUGUAUAUUUUUCAAAUAAAAUAAUUACAUUUUUAAAUCGAAACUGGAGUUGAUUUCUAUAUUCAAACUUACAUAACACAAUGGAGAAAUAUUCCUAGAAUUCAAAUUAUUAUAUUGACAAAAAAUCGAAUUCUAACACGGCAAAUUCAAUGAAAACACAUUUUUACAAGUGUUGAACAACUAUGAAGAUAUUGGGGAAUUUUCCGCAGAAUUGAAAACCGCUGAGAAUCCAAUUGAUUUUUGCCAAAUAUUGCCACAUCUCUUCUAUAUUUGGAACGCUUUGGGAAUAAUAUCUUUCGCGAGUGUUACGAACUAGUAUUGACUUCUAUCUGUUUGCCGUGAAGCAACUUAGUUAGACCCAGACAAGGAGAAGAAUCGUUAUUUGUCUUUCAGAAAGAUAAAAAAAUACAAGAAUUCAGUAUUUAUAGUGAAAGCUGAAGACAUGUUUGCGCCAUAGUGAAAGACGGAUUAAGAGCUUAUUUAAAUGAAUUGAAGAAUAAUAAUUUAAACACUGAAUUGGAAUUAAGCAACAUUUAUUCUGCAGAUGAUUUCGGAAUAAUUAAAAAAUAGUGUAAAUGUGAGACCAGAUAAUCACUAUGAAGUCAAACGGUGUACCACAGGACAUAAAAUCUCUCCCAACUCUGAUACAAAUCAAAGCUGCCAUUCCGACAUAUUUGUUCGAAACAAAUUUACUUUUUUCAUUAUAUUAUGUCGUCAAGGAUAUAGCACUUAUCAUUGGAUUAUGCGCGUCACUUAUGGUGUUAGAGUGGAUUCUACCGGCAAGUUGCAUGUGUAUUGUAUUGCCGAUUUACUGGUAUUUACAGGGUACAAUGUUGAUGGCCGUGUUUGUACUUGGUCAUGAUUGUGGUCAUGGUUCUUUCUCAAAGUAUGAAACGAUAAAUGACGUAUUUGGAACAGUGCUACAUUCAGUCGUCCUGACGCCAUAUUAUCCAUGGAAAAUAUCACAUAGAAACCACCAUAAACACACAGGGAAUAUUGACAAAGACGAAGUGUUCUAUCCAGUAAGGAAAGAGCAUGAAAACGGAAAUAACUUCGCUUACCUUUUUGGACUUGGCUUUGGCUGGUUUGUUUACCUAUGGAGAGGUUAUCACCCAAGAAACGUUUGCCAUUUAAACCCAUUGGAACCCAUGUUUAGUAACCAUGUAACCGGAUGUACGUUAUCUAUAGCGUCUUUGAUUUGUUGGGUCGGUUGUCUUUACAUCUACGCUUGCUCAUUUGGAUUGUGGGAAUUGCUCAAAUACUACUUCAUACCGGAAAUGGUAUUUGCAAGUUGGUUGCUCAUAGUAACAUUCCUUCACCACAUCGAAGAAAAAACUCCGUGGUAUUCAGACGACAAUUGGAAUUACGUGAAAGGUGCGUUGAGUUCGGUGGACCGAAAUUACGGUUGGGCUCAUGACGUCAUACACAACAUUGGAACCCAUCAGAUACAUCAUUUGUUCUCCAGAAUUCCCCAUUACAACUUAGAAGACGCCACACGUCACUUCCGGAAAAACUUUCCAGAACUUUCUCGAGUCAAAAACGAUAAGAUAUUCCCAACUUUAGUGCGUAUGUACAAAAAGUUCUCAAGUCAAUUUCGAAUAGGAAAUGAAACAAAGGUUCACGUGUACACGUAAUGUUAAUUAAUGCUUACUGUAGUAAAUUUUAUUGUUUGACUUAGUUUAGAUUUAAUCAAGUUUUCUUACCUUCUUUUCUUUUCCUUAAUAUUUUUAUCUAUUUCACUUUUUAAAUAGUAUUUUCGUAGGUAGAAAAAUUAUAAUAAACAGUAUAUUGUAAUUUAUAUUUUACAUAAAAUUCAUGUCCAUUAAGCAGUUUGUCGCUAGUGACAAUUAUUAUAUUCAUUCGUUUGAAUUUCAUUUUUUUUGCACUGUUUCAAUUUCUGUGAUACUGUAUUCAAUAGUAAUAAAAACAACAUUAUUAAAACGUCCCUAUAUAUGUGUGUCAAACCAUUUUGAAAUUUAGUCUGCAGCACUGUAUAUUAUUUGAAACAAAAAGUAUGCUUCUGCUGAUACUUCAAAGCUGGAUCUUAAUAUUAAAAUCAUCUAGCUAUAUCUCUGUUUUGACAGUUUUUCUUAACCAAUAAAACCAAAUAAAUCCCCUGAUAUCCAAAUUCACCAUAUUGCUUAUAGUAUAUACAGCUAUAUAUCUGUUGCAAAUAUUGUUUGAGUCAUUAAAAAAAGAAAAUUUCCAAAAUGCUUGUAUGAAAGACAUACUGCAGUUUAAGACCUCAAAAGGCAGAUAUGGUACUAUAAAAUAUAAUCUUGGAACUAAUGACAUAAUAAAAAGGCAUUAGAAGUAACACGCAAUGAUUGAUUACACUGUAAGUAGCACAUGGAGUUAAAAAUGCUUUGAACAAUCCUUUUAUUAGACAUGCAGUGAAUAUAAACGUCAACAACAAUAUAUGUGACUUUUGUUGUGAUGAUUAAACAAUCCAUUCACUGUUCAGCGGAAUAAAGUUCUUGCAUAUUA